UCCAACGCCUCGGUCAUUCGUGCGCCCCGCCCGUCCCUCAGCCCUCCUAUCCGAUAAGCCACGCAGCCAAACCCCACCAUGGCGUGCCCUGCGGCCGUGUCCGCCCUCGCGCCCGCGCCGGCGCCGUUGCCUUCCAGACUCGCCCGCGCUGCGCACUGCUGCGCGCUUGCCCUCCGCCCCGCCCGCGCUCUACCAGCGCUGAGGCUCGGUGCCCGCCGCGCCCCUGGGGCCGCCGUCGUCGUCCGCGCCGCCGUGGCGGAGGGGGCCGUGGAGCUGCAGGCGAAGGUGACGAGCAAGUGCUUCUUCGACGUGGAGAUCGGCGGGGAGCCCGAGGGCCGCGUCGUCAUCGGCCUCUUCGGGGAGGUCGUCCCCAAGACCGUCGAAAACUUCCGCGCCCUCUGUACGGGAAAGAAAGGGUACGGAUACAAGGGCUGCUCCUUCCACCGGAUCAUCAAGGACUUCAUGAUUCAGGGUGGGGAUUUCCAGGAAAACAAUGGUACUGGUGGGAGAAGUAUUUAUGGUGAAUGCUUUGACGAUGAAAAUUUUACAUUGAAGCAUGUUGGCCCUGGUGUACUAAGCAUGGCGAAUGCUGGCCCUGACACAAAUGGAAGUCAGUUUUUCAUUUGCACUGUGAAGACACCAUGGUUGGACAACCGUCAUGUCGUGUUUGGACAUGUCUUGGAGGGGAUGGAUGUAGUGAAGAAGCUUGAAUCUCAAGAAACCAGCAGAACUGAUGUUCCUAAGCAGCCUUGUCGAAUCGUAAAUUGUGGUGAGUUGCUCUUGGACGGCUGAGUAAAGUCAAUAGCUGAGUGUUCGGUUUACCCGACACAUCUUCCUUUUCUUCUGCGGAAAACUUGAAUCUUAAGGGAGGGUUACUUGAAUUUCUUUCAGCUAGUAACUUUAAGUAUAGAACACUUUUGAGGCCUUGUUUUGCGAAUGUAAUGUCGUUUCACGCAAAAUAUAGAUUAACUGUGAGGAGGUGAUCCUGUUGAUGAGUUUUUUUUAAGCAAAAUCCUCGUGAUGAGUUCAAACCUGAGUUACUGUCGUUAUCCAAUGAAACUUGAAGGCUUCUCGUA